AUUUACAACAAUACCAACAAAUCAAGACAUACCUGAAAACCGCUGAAGUCCUGACAAAUUUGGAUCAAAAGCAACAGAAAAAAUUUAAAAAACAAGCUGCCCAUUAUUUUAUCGCCGAAGCUCUUCUAUAUCGUAAAAGUAAA